UGUGUCGUGUCACGCGGACGGGGCGGGGCGCAGCGCGUGGCCAUGGCCGUGCUGGGCUACUGGGACAUCCGUGGGCUGGCCCAUGCCAUCCGCCUGCUGCUGGAGUACACCGAGACCCCCUACGAGGAGAAGCUCUACCGGUGUGGGGAAGCCCCUGACUACGACAGGAGCCAAUGGUUCAACGAGAAGGAGAAGCUGGGCUUGGACUUCCCCAACCUGCCCUACUUCAUCGACGGCCCUGUGAAGCUGACCCAGAGCAAUGCCAUCCUGCGCCACAUCGCCCGCAGGCACGGCCUCUGCGGGGAGACAGAGGAGGAGCUGCUGCGAGUGGACCUGCUGGAGAACCAGGUGAUGGACUUCCGGCUCAGCCUGGUCAUGAUCUGCUACAACCCUGACUUCGAGAAGCUCAAACCUGGCUACCUGGAGCAGCUCCCGGGGAAGCUGAAGCUCUUCUCCAACUUCCUGGGGAGCAGGAAGUGGUUUGCAGGGGAGAAGCUCACCUUCGUGGACUUCCUGAUGUUUGAUGUGCUGGACCAGAACCAGCUGCUGGAGCCCAGCUGCCUGCAGCCCUUCCAGAACCUCAGGGACUUCAUGCAGCGCUUUGGGGCCCUGGAGAAGGUGGCAGCCUACCUGAAGUCCCCCAGGUUCCAGCAGCUGCCCAUCAACAACAGGGCAGCCAAGUGGGGCAGCAAGAAGGUGUGAGGGGAGGGGGGAGGUCACUGAGGGG